CCCAUUAGUAUCUGAAACCACACAAAUCCUCCUAUCCUUCUUCUUCAAACUUUUUUUUCACCAUGGGUAGGAGAAAAGUUACACACCAAUUGAUCACCGACAACACCACUCGCCGAGUUACAUUUCAAAAACGCAAAGCUGGUUUACUGAAAAAGAUCAAUGAAUUAACCAUCCUUUGUGGUUUACCAGCUUGUGCUAUCAUUUACAACGAGUACAAGGAUGGUCCUGAGCUCUGGCCAAACGUUAACGAGGUUCGUUCUCUUCUUGACAGGUUAAGCAAGCUUCCAGUUGAGAAACAAAUCAAAUACAUGAUGGACCAAAAGGAUCUCAUGGAGAAAAUGAUUCAGGACGCAGAGAAGAAGUUGGAGAAGGAGAAGAUGCAUACUCGUGCUAUGAAUCUUGGGAUAAUGGCUUCAACCAAUGAUCUAACCACCGAAUCAGAUUGUUCAGAGGAACUGGUGAAAGCAGCCAAAGUGGUUGACAAGAAGCUCAAACUCAUCCAAGAGAGAAUCAAGGCUGUGGAAGCAGGAGCCCCCAUCAUCAUGAGAGAUUAGUCUUAUAAAAAAUUUAUUAUCUUAUUAUCUAAUUUAAUCUCAUCG